AAAGCAAUAAAUUCUAUGAAAAUCAAUAGUUGGGCUUCUGCCAACCCGGUAUGUUCCUUUUGCGAUGACGAGGAGGAUGAUGAUAAAACGGCUGCCAACCAGAGUGACUUGUGCACACUGGGCUCGCGACCUGGUAUGGAGUGUGUGCCAUUGAGAUCUCCAGCAGACCCGUAUCACUAUCAUCACGUCACCGAUCAAACAAAGUCAUUACAGGAAUUGCAGAAUGAAGUCGGCGCUCUAUUGGAAUUCCGCGAUCUGGUUAUCGAGACCUUUCCCGAUCUUAAAACGAAGAUGGCAUCGUCCACUGCCAACAGCACACUCACCGGCAUCCCAUCGUCAUCGCUGGCGUCCAGACGCGAGUGGGAGCCUGGGAUACGGUCCCGGCGGAAACUGACCUACAAGGAUUCAUCGUCGGUGGUGGUAUCGUCGGCGGCAGCGGUGGCCGCAGCAGCCGCGGCGGCUGCAGCAGCGUCCUCCUCGGCGGAACUCCACCAGCACUCGUCGUCGUCGCUGAUCCGCAGCAGGAGCAACUCGCACAGCGGCAAAAAGGAACCAAAGAGCGGAGAGGGCAACAACGGCAGCGUCGUGAUACAGGACUCGGGCUUCUCGACGGAGACGUCCUCGUCCAAGGAGACACACAGUGCCUCGUCGACGACGGGUGGGGCCACCAGCGGGAGCGGCGGCCUCACCAUCAUUGCAGGGCAGGGGGGAACUACCGUAUCAAAUACACCCAUCAAUCGACUAACUGUAGAUACCGAGGACGAACUGUGGAACUUACUAGAUGUGAUACAUAGGAAAAGCAAUCGACUCCGGGAGGAGGUGGACGCGCUGCAGCAGCUGGAGCGGGAGAAGUGUCGAACAAAUCAGCUUAACAACAACAUCAAUAAUAAUAAUCACACGGCCGUCGUUAGCAGUAAUAGUAAUCUUAAUAAUAAUGUUAAUCAUAGCGGUAGUAGUAGUAGUGGUAGCGGCAACCUUCCUCACACGCAUCAGCCGCCGGGCGUUCCGAGUGCCAACGGUUCUAAUGUCAGCCUAGCGAAAACCUUUCAAAAUCAGCUUCUAGUGGACAUUGUAAAUAAGGAUGAUGUACAAAUUCUGCGGAAGGAACGGGAUCGACUGUUUGACAAGCUGUCCGAGUACGAGGCGGAAGCGAUUGCUAGUCGGAUACGGACCUCGAAGAUCCAAGACGAGGUCGACGCGCUGGCCUUGGCCAAACGCGAACUGGAAGACCAGCUCAAGGCAGCCCUAAGUCAGAAGCUAGAACUAAACAGUAGGAUUCAUGAUCUCCACCAGCAGUUUACGGCGGGUAACAAGAGUGCGCCCAGUUCACCGGAUUCCAUCAAAAGUCGACACCCGUUGACACCGGGUCUGAGGAAGCACUCGUCCACGGAUUCCACCACCAGUACCAUCAUUGCCACCCCCUCCCAUCUAUCGACGUCGCCGUCGUCCGGUAGUCAAACUACGACGACGACCCCGGCGGCGCAUCUGCUCAAGCCGCGCUUCAGUCAAUCGAGCUUCGCGCCAGUCAAGGGCGUUAGCAUUAGUGUUGGUAGCAGCAACAGCAGCAGCAGUAGCAGUAGUAGUGCCGGCAGCACGAAAGUUCCCAUUCCGACGACUCCGUUGGCUGUGAUAGCGGCGGCGCCCAGUGCCCCCGCCCAAUCGGAUCCGGAAGAUGCUGUGGCCCAGCGAUUGCUGGGUCAUCCGGACGAGCUGGGCAAGCUGGACGGGCUGGUGAGCUCGCCGGCGCGGAUCAGUAAGGUGCGCAUGACUGACUCGAAAAAGAUCGCCGCCAUCCUGCUGGAGUCGAAUAUUGUCGAGCUGCAGCGGCAUCUGUUGACCAUCACGGUGCAGAACCAGGUUCUACAACAACGGCUCGAUCAGGCUACACGGUCCCGCAUCUUUCUCAAUAAGAAGUUGGACAAGUCGAAGGAGGAUAUUGAUGAUCUCAAGUUUAGGCUCGAAGAGAAAACCAUCGAACUGGAGGGUACCAAGGCGCAACUGCGGGUGCUUGAGUCCAAACAGCAGCAGCAUAGUGCCGGUAAGUCUUCGUCGUCUGGUUUCAGUCCGGAGCACCAUCCACAUCAUCAUCAUUCUUCGAGCGCCGGAUCACCGUCAUCGACCGGUGGCACCACCGGUUCCAAAGGUCCCUCGGUGGUCAGCACUUCGGCCGGUGGUAUCGUUAGCCAUCAGCAUCGAUCCGCUUCUACCUCGGAACUGGCCCAACUUUCCCCAGUUCAUCACCACCAGCUACAUCACCAUCAGCAGCAGCAGCAGCGUGAGCUGACACUAAGGCUAUCCCAGAGUCAGGUUUCAACGCCCAGCAUGAAGGCAAUGACCCCGCUAGCCAUGGAUGAGAUCCUGCAUCAUUCGAGUAGUACCGAAUCGGCGCAGGACCAGGCCGAACGGGACUUGAGUGGCAGCAGGAUGCAGUGUCCGGAAACGCCAAGACGAAGACCAAGCAAGAUACCACUUCCCGGAACUAAGGGUUACGUGGCGCCAAAACCUCCAACGGGAAGAAAUUUCCUGGCCUCGCAGCAACGUGGGGAGAAGAGCUCUUCUUCCCCAUCGGCGUCGCUAACAAGCAAGUCGCUGAACAAGAGCACCGGAAGUUUGAACAUGAAAUCGACCGGUCCGAGUUCGAUCACGAGCAAAGACAAGAAAGAUGCGAGUCUUAACCGACCCGAUUCGGCUCAGAGCUGGCGCCGGGAUACAUCUCUCGAAAAAAGCCGCAGUUCCUCUAUUCCGGUCUCGAAGGGGGCCGGCUCGCCAACGGUGCUAAAAGCGACCAUGGCCACAGUGGUAAGCAGUUCGCCGCUUCCGAAAGCGAAACGGGACUCGCUGACAACGCGAGUGAAGAAUCUGGACUCACUCUCCCGGUUCCAGUCGGGGGCUUCCGCCUCGACGGGUAAUCUGAGUAAGUCCAGCUCGAAGAAGGAUUUGAGCUCGAGCUUUACAACCGGGCAGUUGCGCGACCGGAAACAGAGUGCUAGCGCUAUCCGGCGCGUCAGUAGUGCUUCCAUCGGGCGGGGAUCGUCGUCCGCGGGCGCCGGAGAGCAGAACAACAAUAAUAGCAACGGUCCCUCCGGUGGGGGAACGACCGAUAGCGGGUCAAGUGGUUCCGGGGAAAACGGCAAGGUACGAAACAUUCGUUCGACGUUCUGGAAUUGGUUGAAGAUCUAAGUUAUUUUGUUGACGUUUUACGUUUAUUGAUGUGAGUUCCCUUCAUCUCGCGCCGGAAGGAGUUUCUUGAAAAAUCGUGUUCCUUUUCUAAAACUUACUUCGUGAGUAGAUCAGAUCAGUUUUCGAUAGUGCUUGGUGAUAUUUUUCCCCAUAACUUGUUUCGUAUCGUAUCUCUGAACUGAAACGUGAAACUAAGAACUAAGAAGAAUAAAUCGAGUGCGUGCAGGGUGUAAAUUUAAGGCAAAUAGGAGCUGUUAUCAAAAAUAAAGUGAUUUCAUUGGUUUCCGAUAGAAGCGAAACGAACCGAAUUUAGCGCAUCUAGCAUAGAUACACUCGAAGUGAAGAAGAAGAAAAAUGAUGGCCUUAUGCACGAUCAGUGUUGUUGUUCUACCAUUACUACUUCCGGUUUCUAAAACUGGACAUUCGUGUGUGUUUCUAAAAGCCUGUUCUACCUGUUCUACUGAACCGAACUGAUGAAAACGAACCCCCCCUUAUUCGUUGUUUCUAUGUUUUCCACUAACAUUUUCCUACUACUUAAUCACUCGAAAUAUUUAAGUAUUUUAAAUAUUAAAAAAAAAACACAUUGAAACACAAUCGGAGAAAACAUAAUUCGGCCAAAAGUAUCGGUGAUUGGCGAACGCACUUACACACAAUACUCACAACUCAUCCCAAAUGAAACGGCGCCGCCAUCAUCGGGGUAGACCCUUCAAGACCAUCAUCGAGCUCCAACAACCCUCGAGACCGAACGGGUCGAGCCGGCAUAGGCGAUUAACGGGCGGGUAACUCAGAAAUAUCUAUCGGAUGGCAUGAAUCCUUUGGUUCCAAAACUUGAACGACGACAUCAAAAGCCUGCAUUCGAAGGAUUUUUACAUACCCAAACUAAAAUACAAAACUCUGUUAAUAGUCACAUACACACAUAAUUACACAGCAGAUUAGAGCAGACACUCAGACUCACAAAAGAACAUUGCGCGCGCAAACUCACUCCAAAAAUAGCCAAUAGAACAAAAUGUAACAUUCAGUCCAGAGCACCUCCGCGGACGGGAGGUACGCGUUGGUUGGGUUGGUACACACUGCUAGCUACAAGAGUUCCGACGAACCUUCCCCCCCACACCCUCCGUCGACGACCGUUUGCCGGAUUUUUGUGGUUCUACUGUUUCUUCUUGUUUCGUAAGUCAUGUU